AUGGCGACUAACAAGGAAUUUAAGUAUAACGCUGACAAUAUUGGAAUAUUUUCUAGCCCUAGUUCACGUAAGAACAGCCAAUCAACAGCUCCGCAAACGAUAAUUUGUCCUGGCCGAACGCAGGGCGAUGGAAUGGAAAAUGUGUCGAAUAUUCCAUCAAACAUUGACGAAAAAGUAAAAAAAAAAAUAAAUUUACGCGAUAAAUUGAUCUAUCACCCGUCAAAUCUCAAGCAGCAGUCAUCAUGCCCACCCGUGACUCCAACAGGCACCAUAGUGAAGUUAAUCCCGAAAAACGUGACUCAGAUAAAGAAGGAAAAAUUACUGAGCUCGUUAAAAAAAUCUAAGGAGCCUAAAUUUGUCCCUUACGAGCCCUACAAGGCAGCUGUAAAUCCAAUUGUCCCUAAUGAGCGUAAAUUUAUCCGCGGUUCAAGGAAUAAUCUUGAUAUAAAUGAGAUGGUGGCUCAGAUGUCGCUGCACAAGUCGAUAGAAAUUCAGAAAAACGACCAGAGAUUAGCACAAACUCUUAGUAAGGAUGAAAGGGAGCUCAAACAGUGGGAGGUUGAUAAGAAAACUUACGAGUUAGAGCUACAAAAGCUCAGGGAAGAAAACAGCCAGCUGGAGAACCAACUUAAGUUCCAGGCGCAAGUAAAUGGCGAGUUAAAAAAUUUACUUGUUGCGGCUGUCGGGGAAGAUUUGGAGACCAAGGUUCAUAUUUUGACUGAAGACAAGCUCCAGCUGUCUCAGGCUCUGCUGAACUCCGCGAGACACUUGAACACUCAUCAGGAGCAAACUGAGUGGCUUGCAGGACAAUGCGAGGUUUGGAGGAGCAAAUUUCUGGCCAGCAGUCUCAUGGUUGAGGAACUAGCUCGCUGGAAAGCUGCGCUGUGUCAAAGGACUACUGACCUUCAGGAAGGCAUCAAGAGGAUGCUGGAGGAGCACACUAAGGUUCGUGAUACUUUGACCAAAACUUACAGGACGCUCAGUGUUAUCAGGGAGAACUUUGACCCAGCUGGGACGCUGACUUACAGGAGACACGAGCUCCCUAGUAGCAAUAUUGUUGAUCUAGCUGACGGGUGCUGCCAGAUUGCGGAGAUUUUAAAUGUUAAGUUGCUCAGUAGCAUGGAUCCAGUUAGGAAAUUUAAGCAAGUUGAUACGACGGGUCUUGAGAUGAAAACUGUCGCAGAGAAACAUGUUGAGCAGCUGCUGAUGAAUCCUAAUUUAAUGAUGUCCGGGAGGCAGGAUGCCGCUUGCAGCGCUGUUAUGGGAGCUGCUUUUGCGCUUUCAGGGAAAAUUUGUCUUCCUUCUAUUAUGAGUGACAACAAUAUGGCGAGUUGUCCUCAUUGCAGUGGGGAAAUUCAACAAGUUUGA